AUGGACUACAUCAACCGCCUGGACAACUACGACGGCCCCGAGAUAGCAAAGAUCGCCCUCGGCGAUCCUUAUGGCCUGUACGAGGAGGCCUUCAUCAUCUACAAGAAGUGCGGCCAGAAUGCUGAAGCAAUGGAUGUCCUCCUGGAGAACAUCAGCUCGCUGGAGCGUGCGCAGGAGUUCGCAGCACGCAUCAACGACAAGACGGUGUGGUACAAGCUCGGCAAGGCCCAGCUGGAGAACGGCAGCGUGCCCGAGGCAGUGGAUUCUUACCUCAAGGCCGAGGAUGCUACGGAUUACUUGGAGGUGAUCCAGGCCCGGGUGGGGCUUCGGAGCAGUUCGGCAGUAACAGGUGGUGCUUCAUUCGCGAUCCGGUGA